CCGCGUCUGUUUGCUCUCGUCUAGGGCUUAUCAUGGAGCUGUUUUAUAGCUCCAUGGGCUUAUACUGUCGAGGCCAUCGUUAGACGUAACGAGCUGCGCUGACCAUCAGUUCGAUAGCCGUAGUCGUUUUGGUUAUGGAAAGAAAAUUGUUGAGCUCAAUUUGUACCUGGUACCCUUAUCUUGUACCUUGUAGAUCAAACUCCCGAACGGUCCACCAGGGACUAAACUGGAGUAAACCAGAGUCGGUAUAGAUCAGAGAUAGAUCUGUCUGCCAACAUGGCGAUCGCGGAAAAAGUCAUCUCCGUUUUGACAAACGCCAACUACAUUUCUACCGUGCCUUUCCUCCUGUGUGCGGUCGUGACUUUCUUGGUCACGACGCUGAUAUGGCGGCGACUGACGUACUGGAGCAAAUACACCUGGCCGCCCGGGCCUCGGGGCUGGCCCUUGAUCGGUAAUUCACUGCUGAUCGCUCCACACUCUGGACAGACCAAUGCAGAUUUCACCCGGAUUGGAAAGCAGUACCAUCCGGACAUGUUCACGCUGACUUUGUACUUGGGAAAGCGCAUGCUCAUAUUAAACAGCUUUGAGUCCAUUAAAGACGCCUUCGUGAAGCAUUCAGCAUUGAUUUCUGACCGUCCUAGUGUGUGGCCAUUUACGUAUGUCAACGAAAAUCAACGGAAUGUUGGUGUCUUCUUAGAGGCUUUCACCCAAAGUUGGAAGAGAGAAAAGAAGUACAUGAUGCGAACCGUUCGUCAGUUUGGAUACGGUACCUCCGGCUCGGAAAGCAUCAUCCUCCAAGAAGCUAAUCACCUGGCCGAGCUGAUCAAGAAGAGAGGCGGGGAGCCGUUUGACCUCUGCCUCCCUGUCAGCCUCUGCCUCCUCAACGUGACCUUCUCCAUGAUCAUUGGUACCACCUACGAGGAAGAUGACAAGGAGUUCUCCAAACUCUUGAACUAUUUCCUACAAUGGUAUUUCGAAGUCUUCAAAUUGUACGACGUAGAGCCGCUGUUGCCCUUUUAUCACAAGUUCGGCCUCAGCGCUCAAUUGAACAAGGGAAAGAUGAUGACACGGGAAAUGUUGACGUUCUUACAGAAGCACAUUGACUAUCACAAGGCUACCCUGGACCCAGGCCAUCCUCGCGACAUGGUGGACGCGUGUCUGAUCGAGAUGGCUAAAGGUGACCCCAACAGUGACCUGAGAGAGUUCACGGACGAGAAGUUCUUGUGGAUGCUGUUCUUCUUCAUCCCGGACCAGGGAGACACGGCCUCGGGUCUAUUCCUCUUCCUGAUGCUGGUCACUGCCCUGCAUCCUGAUGUACAACAGCGCGUCUUCCAGGAGAUCCAAGACGUCAUCGGGGAUCAGCCGCCUUCGCUAAAGGAUAAAGAGAAGAUGCCGUACACGGAGGCUGUUAUCCUGGAGACCCUUCGCAUGGAUACCACCUUCCCGCUUCUUAUCCAGCACGUCACCGCAGACGAUGUUGAGAUUUUCGGCUACAAGAUUCCCAAAGAUACCACGGUCGUCCCGAACAUCUACGCGGUCCACUUUGAUCCGGAGCUGUGGGGUGAUCCGGAAAACUUCCGACCUGAGAGGUUUAUCGACGAACAAGGCCGCAUCAAUCGACCAGAUCACUUCAUUCCCUACUCAACCGGACGAAGGGUGUGCGUCGGGCAGCAACUUUCCCAGAACCAGUUCUUCCUGUUCUACAUCACAUUGAUCCAGAAGUACAAGUUCAAGCUCCCAGAUGGUGACCCCAUACCCAAGUUGGAAUCGCAGUGGUUUUGGGGGGUCAUUCCUCGGGACUUUCGUCUGCAAGCGGAGCCGAGGCAGUAAACGAAACGCAAUGGUCGCAACGCGCUGUACAUGUAUACAUUACCAGGUGGUCCAAAAAACGGAACGACCUAUACUGCCACUAUCAAAUGAGACUCAAACCGCCUUUACCAAUAUUGAAGGAGAAUCCUCUUUUUUAUUAGAAGAAUUACGAUACCAAAAUCUCCCGAUUUGGUCCACUGUAGUUUGUGCUGCAGAGCCGAAGCACACUUCUUUCACGCGGUUAUAAUUACAUAACAAUCCCUCUAUCAAUAACAAUGUACCGUAAGUCGAAUUCCCUGGCGUUGUUUAGUAAUUCAUCGGGACAAAAGUGACCCGGCACCUUGCUUCACAAAAAAAGGCUCUAGAACAAAAACUAUACUGGACUGAAUAUGGCAAUCUUGGUUUUAUUUUGCUUGUAAAAAGAUUAUCCACGCGUUGGUAUAUGUGGGUGGGUUGGUUUUUUUUGGACCACCCUGUAUUAAUUUUACCUUACAUUAGCUAUGGUGUUUUAGCAUGGGGGAAUUGUGGAAUGAGUAAUAUUAAUAGAAUUGUUGCCCUUCAAAAAAAAAGCUCUGAGAAUAAUUAACCGUACUGACUUUCGGGCCCACAGCAAUCCUUUAUUGUAUAAACACAAAACACUAAAGUCCAAUGAUAUUUACCUUCUACAGCUUGGGACCUCCAUGUACCAGCUUCCAACAAUAACCUGCCUAACACUACCUGUUCAAUGUUUUGUAAAAAUCAGGAUGUUCGCCCGUCAUUUUAGUAGGCGUUAUCAUGACAUUCACCAGACCUGGGCUCGUACAACUUUAACUCAAAAAACUGUUAAACCUGAAGGCCCCAAGCUGUGGAAUUCUCUCAAUCCGUCUCUUAAAAAGGUGUCAAAUGUAUCAUUGUUCAAACGCAAUAUAAAACCCAAUUAAUUAACAAAUAUGUGGUAGAAUAAUCUCAUUUUGUAAGACCAAAUAAUUUUAGUUUUAUUUUGUAUUACUAGCUCUGUACCAAUAGUUAUUAUUAUUCUCCAAGACAAAAUUCGUUUUCGGAACUGUUUAGAAAACUGUAAACAUAUAUGAACUUCAUUUGUCAAUACAUGAAUGCACAAUCCACUGAA